AAUGAUCCAUAAACCCGGGGGGCGGGACCGAUCGAUCUCUUUGUAUAUAAAAUGGGCCACCUAGUGAAAUUUAGUUAAGAUGCAGGUGACUAGAAGUUGGGAGCUUGAAAGGCUGUCUGUCGUCUCUUCUCCUCUCACCUUCUUUCCUCCCAAUCACUCCAUUUGGUAACGUUCCCAAAGAAACAUAAGAAGAUCAGUCCUCACGGCACAAGAGCCUUCUCUCUCUCUCUCUCUCUCUCGGCUCUCGCGCGGUGUCGUCUUCAAUGGCGGAACCAGUUGUUAUGGCCGGAGGCUUUCAAGAGGCCGGGAUGAGGCCGUGGCCAGCUCCUCUUGAUCAUCAUCUUGUGCUUUCUGAUGAAGCAUGCGAAGCAAACAAGGAAUGGAUUAGUCGGGGUGGGCAAAAACAAAACCAUUACGACGACCAUUACCGUCACAAUCUACAUCGCCAUCGUCCUCGAUUUCGGGCUGAGCCGCCUUCGCCACCGCUGAAAUCAAGCUCAUCAUCAAGGGCUCGUCAGCAUCAACAAAGGCAGAAAAUACAGUCUAAUAUUGAUCGGGCGGCUUACGGAGGAGGGCAAGGAAUGCAAGCAUUCUUCCUUAAUUCAUGCCCAAGAUCAUCAAGUGGGACCGGCGUCUUUCUUCCUCAAAGGCUUGACACUGACAAUAAUAAUUCCGAUUCUUUGAACAGGAAACCUGCCUGUGCACCGGUCCUCCUCCCGACCCGAGUCGUUCAAGCCCUUAAUCUUAACGUGCAUGCACUUGGCCUCCAAAUUUCACCAAGGCAAGAUUCAAAAGAUUACAAAGGGAUAUCUGGAGAGAAAAAUUCAGGGAAAAAGAAAAACAAUGUUAUCGGAAAGGAUACAACUCAAUGCUGCGUCGUUUCAGAGAAUAGAAGUUCUCCCCACAUCUUUCUUCCCAAGGAGUGGACAUACUAGCAGCAGCUCCAUGCAAAAAUGCAGAGACAGUCCAUGAAACAGCUGAAAAAUUAUUUUCAUAUUAACAAUAAUAAAUUUAAUUAUUAUUGUUCAUGUGCUAUUGAUCCUUGUAAUGAUAAUAAUAAUUGGCACUACAAAUGUCUUUCUUUCUUAAUUCUGUAACAUGUUCCAUGUGAUCCAUCAUUGUUUUCUUCCUUAAUAUGUGCAGUUUCACCCCAUUUUGUUCUCGAUUUCUUCCCUCCUUGUACUCUUUUCCUCUCCGAUCUCUAUCAUGUAUAUUCUCCAUGAGUUGGUCGCAUUGUUCACCCAGUUUAGAUCGUUUUUGGUGCUACUAUCAGUACGUGCUGGUCAAACUGUAUCCCGUGAACACCCCGCGAGCUAAGAUGGUUGGUGUUACUGAUUCCGAUUGCUCAUGGGAGCGUUCCUGAUCACACCAUAUACUAUUGGUCGAAUACUUACGGUGACUUUUC